AAAUGCUCUUUCCAAGAGCCAUCAAAGGCCUUUGUCCUCCUUCGGUGGUUCCAACGGGGAGCGACAAAGACAGCAACGACGGCGGAGGUGUCGGAGUUGUGGGGAAGUACGGCACGCGUUAUGGCGCGUCUUUGCGUAAAGUAAUGAAGAAGGUGGAGCUGCAGCAGCAUGCGAAGUACACCUGCCCCUUCUGCGGCAAGGGCCUACAGCUGUGCGUAUUUAUUUUAAAGUGCAACGAAGAAAGGUGCAUUCAUAUUUCAUUGCUGAGCGUGAAGCGGCAAGCGGUCGGCAUCUGGCACUGCAGAGGCUGUUCAAAAACUAUGACUGGAGGCGCGUGGACUCUGCAGACGGCAGCAGCAGCCACAGUGCGUUCAACUGUUGCUCGUCUAAGGAAACAGAUGGGGGAGGCGAAGUAA